CCCGCGCUUCUCCAAACCCGUGAUUUUUUAUUUUUGCAGCGAACUUUUUUUUCUUGCCACGGAUACACCCCAGAGAGAGAAAGAGAGAGAGAGACGUAGACGUCGAUUCGCGAUCGAAAAUAAAGAAAAAAAAACCAUGUCCGACGAGAAAAUUAUUCCACCACAAGAAGAAUUGGUUGAUGCCAUUCAAAAAAUCAAAAUCGGCAAUCCAGACUAUGGCAUCAAGAAGGUGACAGUUCAACUGACCGAGGAUCAACCCUCGUGGAGCGUCUCGGAAAAGCGUGUCAAAAAGCUCAUGCAAACUCAAGGUUUGACGAACUCUGCACAACCUGUCAAAAGUGGUGUCUCCGACGAUCCGUCCAUUCCAGUUUCCUUUAUCGAUCCCAAGCUGGACUUGAAGGCUGUGUCGACCAACGUGGUGGCCAAAAUGAUCGAUCCAGUCACUGGUAAAGGUCUUUUCGCGGCUCGUGAUAUCAAAGCAAACGAAACUGUUUUCGAAGAAGCACCGUUCAUGUAUUUCCCACCUUGGGAAGGAUUCUCGCUGGCACGCGACGGUAAUGCAUGUGGCAUGUGCGCUAAGCCAUUUAGGCAUUUGAGCCGACUGGCCGUCCGUUGUCCACAUUGUGACAUGACAUACUGUACUCGUGCUUGCAAGAGCUUGGCGUGGGACACUUUCCAUCGUCUUGAGUGCACGCGCAUGAACCCUGCAAUGAAGGAUUUCAUGAACUUUUGUGAGGCUGAAAACUGGUCUGCCCCUAUGGCCGCAUCACGCAUGUACGCCCACUUGUUGCUGGCUCAUCAGCGGGGUGAACUUGAUACGGUGCUGAUGCAUUACGAUGCAUUUGCUACUGUCAACCAAGCUGAACGACAGGCAAAGGAAACGGAAUGGAUUUUCAUGGAAUCACCCACUCGGGAAUUAUGGGCCAAAGCACGCGCACUAUUGAAGAAAGCAUACCAUCCACCACCCAAAAAGUGCAAGAUCGAAAAGCCUUUGCCAGAAGCACUAGCAUCCCAACUGUUUGACGAUGAAGAUACAUUUUUAAACUACCUCGGCAAAUUCAACAUUAACAAUCAAAGCGGUGGCAUGUACCUUGUGCAAUCGCACAUGAACCACAGCUGUAUUCCCAACGUUGCAAUCGAAUAUCAAAACAACAUGGCGCAGUACAGAAUCAUGGUGCGUGCACUUCGCGAUAUCAAGAAAGGCGAUCAGCUUUGUGAAACCUAUGUCAAUCCACGUUGGAACAAGGAGACCCGUGUCAAUUAUCUCGACAAGACGUACAUGUUCCAAUGUAAAUGUGAACGUUGUGAAAAGGAUAUCCCAUUGACCGAUGAAUUGCGCAAGGAGAUGCGUUUGCGGGCUGAAAAUGAUUAAUGAUCAUCUAUUACCAACGCCCCUCUCCUUUCCUCAAGAUUGUAAAUAUAUUUUUGUCACGUCCCCACUCCCCAGCCAAUCCCGCUUCUAUCAUAGAGACGUCCCGCGACAAAUAAAAAGUAAAAAAAGAGCUCCAAAUAAUAAAGAGAACCAGUAAACAUUUGUAUUUUAG